AUGGCGUUCGGAAAGCUCUACGGUCAGCCCGAAAACGGUCGCACUCUUGCCAUCCUGGUCGCUGCUAAGCACAAUGACCUCGAGCUUGAGCUGGUGAACACCGUUCCCAACUCUGCGGCUGCCACCGCUGAGUACCUUAAGAUCAACCCCGCUGGCAAGGUCCCCGCCUUCGAGGGUGCCAACGGCUUCAACCUCUCCGAGGCCAUUGCCAUCGCUGUCUAUGUCACCUCCCAGAACGAGAAGACCACUCUCCUCGGCAAGACCAAGCAGGACUACGCUUCCAUCCUCCGCUGGUUGUCCUUCACCAACGCUGAGGUCCUCCCCAAGUUCGGUGCCUGGUACCGUCCCCUCCUCGGUCUCGAGCCCUACAACAAGAAGACCACCGACGAGGCCGCCAAGGCUGCCGUGAAGGCCGUCGCUCCUCUUGAGGCUCACCUCACCGCCAACACCUACCUUGUUGGUGAGCGUAUCACUCUGGCUGAUAUCUUCUCUGCCUCCCUCCUCACCCGCGCCUUCGCUACUGUCCUUGACAAGAAGUGGCGCCAGGAGAACCCCGCUACCACCCGUUGGUACACCACCAUUGUCAACCAGGAGGCCUUCAAGGCCGUCUUCCCCGAGCCCAAGUUCGCCGAGGAGGAGGAGAAGCCCAAGGCCGCCGCCGCCGCUGCCCCUGCCGCUCCCCCCGCUGAGGCCCCCAAGCCCAAGCACCCCCUCGAGGCUCUUGGCAAGCCCACUCUCAUCCUCGAUGACUGGAAGCGCAAGUUCUCCAACGAUGACCCCCGCACUGUCGCCAUGCCCUGGUUCUGGCAGGAGUUCAAGGCCGACGAGUACUCUCUCUGGAAGGUCAACUACAAGUACAACAACGAGCUCAAGCUCACCUUCAUGGCCAACAACCUGAUCGGUGGCUUCCAGGCCCGUCUUGAGGCUUCCCGCAAGUACCUCUUCGGUGCCCAGUCCGUCUACGGUGUCAACUACGACUGUGUCGUCUACGGUGCCUUCAUGGUCCGCGGCCAGGAGUGGGAGCCCGCCUUCCAGGUCGGCCCCGACUGGGAGGGAUACGAGUUCGUCAAGCUCGACCCCUCCAACGAGGCUGACCGCAAGCUCGUCGAGGACAUGUGGUGCCAGGACGUCCCCGUCACCGUUGGUGACAAGGUCCAGGAGUGGACCGACGGCCACGUCUUCAAAUAA